AUGGCUUUCUUAAUGAAAAGCAUGUUGAGCAACCAGGUAAAGAAUUUAGGACUUGGUGGUGGAGGUGAGGAAAGCAAAGAAGAAAGUGGUCCUUCCGACCCAGCUGCAGCAGCAGGAAUGACUAGAGAGGAAUAUGAGGAAUAUCAAAAGCAAAUUGUUGAGGAGAAGAUGGAGAGAGAUGCAGCGUUUGCACAAAAAAAGGCAGAGAGAGCUUGUCUGAGGGUUCAUCUGAGAGAAAAGUACAGGCUUCCUAAGUGGACUUGUCUGGUGGGUUAG